AUGGUCCGACCCAACUCCCCUGACGCUACCCACAUUCCACCCGUUCUGAAACAGCUCGCUCCUUACGUCAAGUCGCGUGAGGAAACCCUUCAUAUCCGCCAGGUACUGACGUCUUAUCUGCGCUCAUUCAUCGAAUUUGACAAUCAGUCAAGCGAUGCUUCUCAAUGCCACCUAUCCCUGUGUGCGACGACCGAUGCUGUUACCAAUGUCAAACCUAUCCCUACCAAUAUAUCUGGGCUGAGAAAGGAUUAUCUGAAGGCACUGGCAGCCAAUGUUGCGGCCCGCAAAGAUUUUGCCUUGGCGUCUGAGAAUGUCGCCUCAUUAAGGCGCCAGAGGACGUUCCCGAACCGUCCUUCUGAUGAUGACCUGCAAGAACCCGGCACCGAAUUUCGUGAAUACCUUGCCCUUCUGCGCGAUCGACGGCGUCAUAAUAAGCUGCAGGUAUUUCAGAACUAUCUUGAGGAAAUCAAAACACGCGAUGCAGGCAGCUUGGACGACGUCGGCAAUGACGGUGAGCAAAUACUGUUACCGGAGGUAGACGCAGAGGCGGGACGCAAUGGCACCGAGACGGACCUGGAUGAACUAGUGCACAACCUCGAGAGAGCAGUUGUCCGCGCAAGAACUGAAUUGGGCCGCCAAAAGCAAUUGUUUGAGAAAGCCAAAGCACAGCAUGAUCCCCAGGCCGAGACUUCAGGUGCCAAAGCACGAGCAUUACAAAAGACCCGGGACGAGCUAGUACAAUGGGUGGAGGAACGGCUGGUUGGCCAAGGGGAUAUGGAUGAAAGUAUGCUCCAGGAACUUCCUCCAGAGGAAAUCAGGGAUGCCCAGCAAGGGCUAGAGAACCGCAAGAUACAAAUUACGGAGCAAUAUGCCGCAUAUCUGCAAGCCCGACGAGAUCUCCUCGAUGCCGCUUCUAGAGCUUGUCAGCCAGUUACGGUGACCCCGAAACCUCCGUCUCGAUCCACCAACAAGAACGAACUUGUCAUGGCAGAAAUACCACCACCCAACCCAAUCGACGUUUUGUCAUACACAAACGAAAACCUAGUUCCGCUAUGUAAGAGUCAAAAAUCGCUGGCUCUCCAGAAAACCUAUUUGUCCAGUCUACUUUCGAAAGAGAAGUCCACCACACUCCGCGCCCUCAAUCGUCUUAGCGACGAAUCCCACCUACUUCCUGAAUACCCCGCUCCCGCCCGCCAGCCGCGCUUUCAGCAUGCGGCUGCUGCUCUCGACUUGCGAAACCAGGCUCAGACCUCCGAUCAAACCCCAGACGAGGUUGUUGGUCUUGCCGAAGCAUGGGCAUUUGCCUCUGAUGCUGCAGCUGCCAACGAACGAGACUUCGUUCAGCAAAAACUUGCAUUGGGCACUGAGAUUGCGCAGGACGCCCGACAGACCCUGACUGAUGUAUGUAGAACCCUCAAUCAGGACUUUGAUGAAACCAUGCUGGAGGGUCGAGAGAAUCGCUUCACCAAGGGGAUGUCGAGGAGUGAGUCUCGGAUUGAGAAACAACCGAGAGGUCCUUGGUCAGGUCUGAAUGGGAGAGUGGGGGUUGUAGAAUGA